CAGGGUCUGAACUACUCGCUCAGUACGUCUGAGCUCUCUUACUUACAGCCUGAACUUCUUCACUUCUCCUGAUCUCCAGCUGGGGAAUAAAGACUCUCAGAUCAGCACAGCCCAGACUGGAACUGAGAGAACUUCAACUUCUAAUCAAACUUCAGCAGGCUCAAGUGGCAGCAGUUAAAGAAGCUGAAGGAUGGACACCUCAUCGUUCCUGUCCACUGCAGUCUUCUUCUGUCUGAUCCACUGUUCCCAUUCUGACAUCACUGCUCAUCACAAUGCAGUGAAGUGCAGCUCUCCGUGGACGAGGCCAGUUCACCCCUUUCUGAGGGUUGUCGGGGGAUCAGUGGCACGUUACGGUUCUCAUCCAUGGCUGGUGUCUCUGAGGUACAAAGGUUUUCAUUUCUGCGCAGCGUCUGUUCUCACCGACCGCUGGCUGCUGACCGCCGCUCACUGCUUCUCAGAUUCCUCAGAGGAGUUCCUGGGCGAUGUAGAGGCAGUGGUGGGAGAGCAUGACCAGAAGGUGGUGGACCGAGGGGAGCAGAGCUUUCGGGUGAAGAGUGUAAAGCUCCAUGAGAAGUACCAGCACACAUUUCCCAUGAGCUACGACAUCGCUGUGCUGGAGCUUCAGGAAAGCAUCCAAUUUAGUGAUUAUGUUCAGCCGAUUUGUCUGCCUUUUCCUGGAGAGACCUUCCCUCCAAAGACCACGUGUGUUGUCGCUGGAUGGGGCCGAACAAAAGAGAGAGGUCCCCUGACUCCAGUUCUUCAUGAGGUGCAGUUGGAGCUGGUGGAUUCAGCUGUGUGUCAGCAUGUCCUGCAGACUCUCGGACUGGGACGGGAUUUUUAUGCAGUAUUGUGCGCUGGACCAGAGCGAGGGGGGAAAGACACCUGCCAGGGGGAUUCGGGUGGUCCUCUGCUCUGCCCGCGUGCAGACGGGCAGUGGGUACUGGUUGGGGUCACGUCUUGGGGUAAAGGGUGUGGUCGGAGCUGGAUCAACAACAGGAUGAAUCCUCCAACUGCUCGAGGCUCACCUGCAGUGUUCACUGCUGUUCCAGUGUUCCUCAAUUGGCUGCUCAGAACAGGAACAACAGGCUCCCAGUGCAGCGUGGGAGAUGGAGUUCUAACAGGCACUGAGGGCAUUAUCCGUAAUCCAGCCCAGCCAGGCCUGAACUACAAUAAUAACGAGGCAUGUUCCUGGUCCAUCAGUGUGCCCGAGGGCAAACAGAUCCUUCUGGAAUUCCUGGAGUUUGACGUAGAGGAAGACUCUCUGUGCUCCAAUGACCACCUUACUGUGUUUGCUGGUGAAGACAUGCUGCUAGGAAGCUUCUGUGGCCGUGAAGCUCAUCCUCCACUGCUCAUCCACUCCGGCACUGCCAGGAUCCAGUUCGUGUCUGAUUUCAGUGUGACGGGUGCUGGCUUCUCCAUCCGGUACAGAGCUGUGGAUCACGAUUACUCGUUAGGGCCAGACUGCGGCACAGUGGCAAUGUUUGAAUCCCAGGGGGUCCUGCGGAGCCCUAACUACCCCCGGCACUAUAACAACAGCACCCGGUGCCGCUGGCUGAUCCGCGCCCCGCAGGGUCACAUCGCCAAGCUGGAUUUCUCUGAUUUUUACCUGGAGCAGUCAGAGAGGUGUGAGUAUGACUCGCUGGCUGUGUUCGGGGACACUGAGGCGAGAGAGGAAAUCGUGCUGCUGUGUGGUCAGAGCAUUCCCCCGCCCGUGUUGAGCUUCAGCAGUGUGAUGUUGGUGCAGUUCCACAGUGACAGCAGUGUGUCUGGCCGGGGCUUCACUGCUACACUCUCAUUCAUCAGCAAAACAGAUUUCUGAGGAUGAGUUUCUGCCCAGUGAAGUUUACAGAAGUCAUUUCAGUGAGGACCUCAGCAGAACCUAUUUGCUAGGUUCUAUGGACUUAUGGAGAACGCUGCAAGCUUUUUGGAUCUGUGGAUUUGUACAAAAGUCUGAGCAACAAUAAAUCAAGAACAAUGUGGAGGGAAAUGUAA